CGGCUUCCGUAGCCUCAACUAAAAAUAUUCUCCUUCACGCAUGCGCAGUGAGCCCGUGUGAGAAAAUGGCAGACGUCUCUUUGGAUGAAGUGAUACGACAGCGCGGUAUUAACCUCAAGGCACCAGCAAAACGACCCAUGUUCGGACGGGGAGCAGGAGGAGUUGGCAAGAGUUUUGAUGCUCGCCAAAAGAUUGGGGCCAAUGAUGUCAGACAGCGGCUUGGAGCAGGUUUUCAAGUGAAAGAUGCCAGAGAGAAGCUGGUUCAGAAGGAUGCUCGCUUUAAAAUCCGUGGCAGGGGAGGAGCAGGCGGGGUGCAGGAUGCUCGGCAGAUGAUCAACUCACGCAAGCAGGGGCAGAAGCAGUUCGGCCUCCCAGCACAGACCUCGCCAAAGAUGGCAGUAACACACCAUCUGCAGAGUCCGACAAUCGUGCCACAGAUACAGAUACAAACCAACAACAAUCUUGCCGGUGUGAACAGCAGGCAGUAUAACCCUAAUAUACAAGGACUGAGUGCGAGGGCCAGCGUCACGCCGCAGCUGAGCAAUAAUAAGAGAAUGAUUGAUGCUCGUGAUCGACUGAGCCUGAAGAGGAGCAUUGGAGGGACACAGACACAGGCAGGUUUUGUACCGCCUCUAAAAAUAACCAAGACCAUCCAGCAAAAUCCAGUAGCAGUAGGAAUGUCUGCGGGAAUCCGGACGGCCCCACAGCGUCUCUCUAACGAGCAUGAUGGCGGCCACAGUAAACAAAUGAAGAUCACUACAGCUCAUAAUAUGCUGCAAUCACGGUCUGGUCCAGUGGGCUCCACCUUUUCUAUGUCCGCCCCAAUCACCAAGGUGGUUAAAAAUGAUGCCUACACAGCUCCACGCCCUCCCGUCCCCGUGGCACCAACCCGGCCCAACGCCAGCAUGGCUGCCACCCGGUCCUCUGCUGCCGCCAUGCAGGCGGUCUCCAGGACUCUCCAGCAAAGCGCAGCGGAAACCAGCACAGCAGCUCCUGCUCCCCCACAGCCUGCCUUCAGUCCCUUGGAGGGGACAAAAAUAACAGUGAACAACCUGCACCCCCGAGUCACCGAGGAGGACAUAGUUGAACUGUUCUGUGUGUGCGGGGCAUUGAAGCGAGCUCGGCUGGCAAAGGUGGGCGUGGCCGAAGUGGUUUUUGUGCGCAAAGAAGACGCCGUUAGCGCUUACAGGAAGUACAACAACCGCUGCCUGGACGGACAACCCAUGAAGUGUAACCUUCAUAUUCAGGGAAACGUCAUCACUUCGGAUCAGCCCAUUCUAUUGAGACUCAGCGACACUCCAGGCGCGAGCAGCGGCUCAAAGAAAGAUGGUCUGCCCCCCUCCCUGUCUCGCCCCGGGGGUCAGCGGGCCUCCUCUCAGCCCACCCCGGAGGUGGAUCCUCAGACCAUCCUCAAAGCUUUGUUCAAGUCCACCGCACAGUCCACCUCCACCACGGAGCCCCCCAGCUCUCAGGCCACUGCCUUUCGCAUCAAGAUAUAGCCUGUGUGAAUGUCCUUUUCUCUGCAACAUAGUGCUACGUUCAGUGUUCACGUACAAACCGCGGUUUUCAUCUUGGCAGCAGCGCGGCCCACAUUCUCUCACAUGAAACAGAUUGUACACAUUUGAUAUACACAGCAUCUCUCCACGGGAUAUUUGUGGAAAUGCAAAAUGUAGGCGGUCUGUUCCUGAUGGGGACUAGUGGAAGGAAAUGUGAUGUGAUUUGUUUUAAUCCAACAUGUUGGCCGACGCCAAAUCAAACUGGAUGUUUAGGAUUUUCUUUUAUUUUGAUGUCAACUCGGUAACCGCCCAUGUGGAUAGUUUUUUUUAUAUUUUAAUAAUGCAGUGCUUCACCCCCCCCUCCCCCCUCCCUACCUGCCUGUCCAAAUUUGGGCAUGGAAAAGAUACUUUAUAAAAGGAAUUGAAAGAUACCAAUUCAUCCAUUGUUGAGAGAAACGUUAAGUUUGAGGCUUCGUAUCUCCACACAGAUGUGUGCCGUUGUAUUGCCAUGCCUCUUUUUGCAUGUUCUCCAUUGAGAGAGAGCGGAACAUAGACCAAACUAAAAGUAGAAGAGAUGCCAUUCAGUUAAUAUUAUCUUAAUAUUAUCUGAGACGAGGCAGAGCCAUUUGGUUGUCUUUAGCAAUUCCUUUCCACAAGUCUACGUACCAUCAACCUGAAAGAAGGUCUUCCUAGCAGAUGUGGCUGAAAACACUUGGAGUAAAUCAGGUAUUAACAAACUAUAAUACCACAAUUUUCAUUAAACCAGUUUUCAAACCGCCGUACGUUGAUAUUUAGUUUUAUAAUCCUUGUGGCGACCAGAUUCUUGUGUGCGACUGGAUUUACAGUAUGUGUAAUUCUUCCCUAGUAUACAUUACACCUGAUUUAUGUUGAAAGACUGUAAAUGACUUUGUUGCUUUCUUGGUAUCGGUGAAGAGGCUCGAGGGGUCAGAUCUGUCUGUGAAAUGUCGCCAUUAAAUAUUUAGCUUUGUA